AUGGACGGCUACCCUCCAGGAAGCCUGGAUCCCAGUGUUCCCUUUUUGGUCGCUUCUGGUCUUCUGGACUCCCCACCAAAUGACCAUUAUGGAGGCUCCAAUACCGCGACUGAAGGGACGGUUCUCAAAUCCGAAGUACCUAGUCUGACAGGGGAAAAUGCCCAAGUUCUUCAUGACUACCUUGCGGGAGUGGAUGCGACAUUGCCUCCGUGGUCCCUAGGUGACAAGAAGAGGCCUUACAGAUAUCGUGUUGAGUCCGUUGGAAGGACGUAUACCCUCCCGCCCAGACACGCUGUCCUUCCAGAAGACAUAGAGCUGCCCGAAUCCGAAAUCGUCUUACAUUCACCGCUUUCACCUCUCAGCCCAUCGUCGAGCCUUUAUCCUGAUGGCAUCAUCAACCCCGACUGGCUUUUAAGGCAUCAAAAUUAUGUACCAAGCGUCUUCUUGUGUUUCUACGCCCUCACCUCAGACCAAAGCCGCGCAACUCUACUCGACAACCAGCUCAAGACGGAUAUAAACGCAAUCAAAGCCGAGAUAGCAAAGUCGGGUUACAAGACGAGGCUAGCUGUCGCGUUAAUGAGUGACACUUCCUCCUCGCCGCAAUCUGUCACCCAGGGUAUCCAGGAGCGGUUGGAGAAUAUCCGAAAGGGAACCGGACUGGAUACGGGAAAGUCCAUUUUCUACAUCGCGCCACGAAAGUCAUCGGAGGAGCUUACAGAAGCCGCUGACACAAUCCUCACCGCACUAUAUCCUCAGUCUCUUGAAUAUUAUCGUGACCUCGGCAGACAUGCAAGGAAAAAGAAGAAUCGCGGAAUCAUCCCGCCACCGACGAUCCCACCAACUUCGGGCACCUCCCAGACUCUAUCUCUUUCCGGAUGGCAGGUAAGGUACGACUUCAAGAUGGCUGUGUUUUCAGAGUUUAGACAAGAGAUAGAUGUGGCCAUGAGAACGUAUGAACAGGCCUAUGAUGAACUCCUUAGUGAGGAAGUCUGGGACUUGAUACCCAGCUGGAGCCCUCGGUGGAACGAAGCUCGGCUCCUCUCGGAUAUCAUUGCCAUCCGUGUAUUACGUUGUUUCCUUUGGAACGAACAAACUUCCAUGGCAGUUUCGAGGUGGCAGGCGCACCGUGACCGAAUUGGUGAGUUCAUUGACCAACGUGGUCGGGGGACUAAUAACUACGGUUGGAAGGCCUGGGAAACUCGUUGGUCUCUUGUGAUGGCGAAUCUCAUUGAGAGAAUGGACAUUCCCGGGCUUCAUCCUUCGACUGGUCUUCUCUAUCUCCCGCCGGAGAAGGGCCUCCCUCGAGAGAGGCUCUACCCCUGGGAGUUGAUGCAUCACACCGGCUAUUGGUACCGGCAGGCAGCAUGGCACACCGCCGCGCGGCGAGCCUUGGCAUAUUCCAUGCCGGAAGAGGAUCGCCAACCCCCGGAAAGCUCUGCAGCUGCCGCUUCCACCAACGCUGGAUAUACCUACGACACCUACAUGUGCCCUGAACCUUACCUCGAGUUCCCCCUGGACAAACCGGGCGUGGACUAUUCCCGGCUGAUAAUCGACUGCCUCAUGGCUGCGAGAACCCAGUUCCACGCUCGCGGGCAACAUCGUUUGGUCGCGGAGGUUUCCCUCGAGUGUGCGAGGGAAUCGGCGAAACUCGAACAGUGGGAAGACGUGAUUGCGCUGCUGCGGCCGGUUUGGGAAGAUAUGCCGUUCAGAAGAGAGGGGUGGACGGAUAUCGUUGAAGAUGUGAACUGGACGCUCAGGGCGGCUGCUGCCCAGAAGGGUUUGGGAGACUUGGUUCUCGCCAUUGAUUGGGAGCUCUUUCAUAGGAGGUUCACGAGGCGCAAGAACUGGAAUUACGACCUAUCAAAGUCUCUCGAGGGUGUUCCCCUUACUUCUAAACCAUCUGCCAGCCUAUCAGACGAUGAAAUCUCGUCCUUCCUCUCUGCCUCAUUUGCCUUUAGGUCAGGCGAAGGCAAGGCUGGAGACGUAUCUUCUGCACAGCUCAUCAUCACAUCAGACGCGUUCCCCGACUCGGUGCCCGUGUCGGUAUCAUCACUAAAGGUCGAGUUUGAGGGAAGUUUAAGGGACAUACUUCUCACACAUGAUCCCGAAUCGCCCGAGAGCAACACGGUUAAGGGAAACACGGUGAUAUCAAAGAUUACGCUUAGGGAACAAGAUAACGAGACUCUGACGGAAGACGAUGACGACGAGGAUUCUGAGGAGCCAACAAUAUUUUCCGGCACUGCGGCUCUAACAUUAGCCCCUGGACAGUGCAGGGUUUAUGAAUUAGCGAUUCCCCUCCGCGAGCCAGGUGAAGCUCGUGCUUCCUCUGUCACAGUCUCCGUUGAUUGCGAGACCUUCAAACUCGAUUAUACCGUGUCAUUCCCGGAGUCAAGCCUAGGGAUCACUUGGGUGGAGCCGUCAGGCUUCCGGAGGAUAAUCGGCAGGUCAGAGGCGCAAACGAUCCAAGUCCAGCCCCGGCCACCCAAGCUGGAGAUCAAGCUCCUCAACAGUCUCGAGCAGUAUUAUGCCAACGAGGCAAUCACCCUCGAGUUUGAGUUGGUGAACGCUGAAGAUGAAGACGCCAUUGCGAAACUCGACAUCCAUGCCUUUGGAGACCAGGUGCCUGGGGCCAAGGUCAAGGUGCUAGAGUUGCCCGAGAUCGUGUCUCCCGCUAACGAAGAAGCAUCGAAGCUUGCGGGUGUGAGUCUUGGCACGAUUGAGAGUUCUGGCAAGGUCGGGGUCCAAGUUCAUCUCGACGAGGCACCUCAACCAGCAUCUUUGGAAUUCAACUUGAGGGUCUCAUAUCACCUUGCUUCUGACCCAGGAACUCGCAUUUUACAAAAGGAGUCCUUCACCAUCGCGAUUGUCAGUCCAUUCGAGGCUAAUUAUGAGAUGGUACCACGGCUGCACAAGGACCCGUGGCCGAGCCUUUUCGAUCCGGAUACGAUCCAGGACCUAUCCGACGACGACAAAGACGAGUCUGUAAGGCCGGCACUUGGACUGGCGCAGAGGUGGUGCCUCAUGUGCCACUACGCCUCUUUUGCAACGGAAGAGUUGCGCGUUGUCGGCCUCGACGCCCAAAUCGUCUCCUGCAGCCCCGGGACGCGGUGCACGACCAGGGGAAGGCCUUUGCCGAUACCGGACGAUGGACUGGCUGUCCAACCACGUGUGAUGCAGGACGUCGAGUUCGACAUCAUCGCGCAAAAGCUCAGUCUCGAAGACCGCGCUCCCGCCCGCGUAGAAGCAGCCUUCAUCAUCAAGUGGAAGCGGCCCAGCAGCUCGACCGUCAACAUCACCACCAUGCCCGUCCCGCCUCACACCGUGCUAAGCACCGAACCACGCGUUCUCGCAUCCCUCUCGGAGCCGCGCCUAUCCUCCUCGCAGGUCGCCUCGGACAUAGACGGCCUCGUCAACCUUGACGUGACGAUCGAGAACCCGUCGAGCCACUUCCUGACAUUCGGACUGACGAUGGAGCCGAGCGACGAAUUUGCGUUUUCGGGCGCCAAGAAGACGACCGUUCAUGUGCUUCCCGUGUCGAGGCGCACGGCUACGUAUCGCCUGCUGCCGCUUGUGAGGGACGACUUUGUGAGACCCGGCUUGGUGGUGAGGGAUAAGUAUUUCCAGAAGGUGUUGAGGGUUAUUCCGACGGAGGGAAUGAAGGCUGAUAAGGAUGGCUUGUUGGUGUGGAUACCUGGGGAUGAUGAGGAUGAAGACGCGAGUGAGGACGCAAGCGAGGCUUGA